AGAUAUUGCUUUUCUAACAUGUUAUGGCUCUCCCUCUGCACCACGCUUCUUCCCCCACCAUCGAAAUUUUCUCUCAUUCUUUCAUCUCACAGCCGUUUUCCCACGGAUUUUCUUCUUGUUUCCAUCGAACCAUCUUUCCUGUGAGUAGGAAGCUUUUGUAUGCGAGGCCAUACAUCCCCCACCAGAACCAACAGGCAAUCAGAGCUUUGCGAGAAUGGCGGGAAUACGAGGAGGCAGUGAAGCGUAAAGACCUCGCGACGGCUCUGAGAUUCUUGAAAUCCAUCGAAAACGAAAAUCCAGUUGAGCUAUUUGAUGGUUCUACUCCUCCUUCCGCUGCUGACUCCUUUGAGUCUCGGUUCCGUGAGCUACAAUUAUUUGGGCCCCAAAGGGAUUGGGAGGUCCUGGACACGUGUUUGAAUGCGGAUAACAUGAAGCUAGUGGCUAAUGCCUAUAAGUUGUUGAAGGAUAGGGGUUUUCUGCCUAAUUUUGGAAAAUGCAGGAAUAUUGUUCUAGAGGGCCCAAGGAACAUUACACCUGAUGUUGUGAAGUCCUCAACUGGUUUAGAAGUGUCUAAACUUGCUCCAAAGAAGUGGGGUCUUUCAGGAACUUCAAGUGCUGUUUUGAUAGCCUUUUUUGGUGGGGCAUCCUUUCUCAUUUCUCAAGGGAUUGACGUAAGACCCAACCUUGCGGCAAUAUUAGGUCUAGCCUUUAUAGAUUCUAUCUUCCUCGGUGGUACUUGUUUAGCACAAAUCUCAAGCUAUUGGCCGCCAUAUAGGCGCCGCAUCCUAAUUCAUGAAGCAGGACAUCUCUUGACAGCAUACUUGAUGGGUUGCCCAAUUCGUGGGGUGAUUUUAGACCCAAUAGUUGCGAUGCAAAUGGGCAUUCAGGGACAGGCGGGAACUCAGUUUUGGGAUGAGAAGGUUGCCAAUGACCUUGCUGAAGGACGACUUGAUGGAACUGCCUUUGAUAGGUACUGCGUGGUGCUUUUUGCAGGCAUUGCAGCUGAAGCUCUCGUCUAUGGAGAGGCAGAGGGUGGAGAAAAUGACGAGAAUCUAUUUAGAGGCAUCUGUCUUCUACUUGAUCCUCCAUUAUCUGUAGCUGAGAUGUCUAAUCGAGCAAGAUGGUCGGUUUUGCAAUCUUACAAUCUUCUCAAGUGGCAUAAAUCCACACAUCGAGCUGUUGUUAAAGCCCUGGAAAGUGGUGCAAGUCUUAGCGUUGUAAUUAGGAGAAUCGAGGAGACUAUAUAUUCGGGCAAAUGAUGAACCACAGAAGUGCAUAGUUAAUAAACUUUAUUUUCUCCAAGUUGCUGACCAGGAUAGAUGCAAUGGAAGGAAGCUUGUUUUCUCGUCCAUGUACACUAUUCCAUACUUAGCUGUUAGGAAUUAGAUACCAUGAUACGAGACCAAACUGUGAAUAAAUUUUGCAUCAGCUGGUGACCAUUUUGUCCCAGAAUCACGCCUCAGGUGGUCCCAAGUUGUUUUUUUUUGUUUAGAAAUGGACACCCAGUAAUCCUACUUAGAAUACCCAGUUUUCUCUGUACUAGAGUUAUGGAUAUAAGUUUGGAAUUCGUUUGUAAAUUAUUAAAGUUUGGACAAAUGUUUCCCAGGGAUCUUUCUGUUGCUUCCCUGGAAGUCCAGUUACAGACUUUUUAGGAACUGUAAGCUCAAUUUGUUCCUAAUGAUUAAAGUGAAUGUUUUAUUUAAAAUGAUGGAAAA